AUGCCCCGUUACGAGUCAUAUACCCAGUUCAACACCAAGCGAGACGACAUCAUCAAAGAAAUAUUAAAUUCCAAGCUAAUUAAGCCACCUCGCAAAGCCGGUAGUUACCCUGAGCCGAAGAAUAUUGAUAAGUCCAAGUAUUGCACAUUUCAUAAAAAAUAUGGUCACACGACCGAUGAAUGUGUAAUCGCAAAGGAUCUACUAGAACGCCUAGCAAGACAGGGCCACCUUGACAAAUUUAUCUCAGGCCACAUUCAAAAAAGGGCGGUGCCGACCACCGAACAACCUCUCGUAGGGCAGUCAUCAUCAGCAAAAGACAAAGAAAAGGCCCCCGCUCAACCUAGGGGCAUAAUCAAUUGUAUCUCUGGAGGGUAUGCUGGGGGUGGUAACACAAGCUCGGCAAGGAAGCGAACCUACCGAGCAAUGUUAGCACUUGCGGAUACCACCCACAAUCCCCAACAAGCACAAGAACUCCCAGAAGUGACUUUCCGAUCAACCGACUUUAUUUGCAAAGAUGCAAACCUGGAUGACCCUGUUGUCAUCUCUAUUCAGCUAGGCGAUCUAAUUGUUCGAAAGGUCCUCUUAGACUCAGGAAGUAGUGCUGACGUUCUAUUCUUUACUACAUUUGAAAAAAUGAAGUUGAGUACUAACAUUUUGCAGCCAUUUAUUGGAGAUCUUGUAGGUUUUUCAGGAGAACGAGUACCCGUUAUGGGUUCUGUAUGGCUGCAGACCACACUAGGCGAACAACCGCUCUCCAAGACACAGGAUAUUCAAUUCCUUGUUGUUGACUGUUUUAGCCCGUAUAACCUCAUUUUGGGUAGGCCCUUUUUAAACAAAUUUGCUGCAAUAGUAUCCACCGUCCACCUUUGUGUCAAGUUUCCAGUGCAGGAUAAGGUAAUAGCCACGGUCCACGGCGACCUCCAAGAAGCUCGGCACUGCUAUAAUGCAAGCCUGAAGCCUAUCAAAAGAGCGGCUGAGCGACAAAUCAACUCUAUACACGCCGAUCAACCGACCUUAGCCGAGUUAGAUCCCAGGGCUGAUGUUGAAGAUCGUCCCAUGCCAAAUGAAGAUCUAACAAAGACAGAAUGCCGACCUCUUCGCAUGGACCCCGCAGAUAUGCCAGGUAUCGACCCGUCGGUGAUCACACACAAACUUGCGAUAAACCCGGCUGCCAGACCAGUAUCUCAGAAAAAAAGGAACCUCGGAGUUGAGAAAAGACUCGCCUCAAUGACUGAAGCCAAAAAGCUCAUUGACGCCCAGUUCAUCCGUGAGAUCAGAUUCACAACUUGGUUAGCCAAUGUCGUAAUGGUAAGAAAAAGUAAUGGUAAAUGGCGCAUGUGCGUCGACUUUACAGACUUAAAUAAGGCUUGUCCCAAAGACGCCUACCCUUUACCAUGCAUUGAUACCUUAGUUGAUAAUUCUUGUGGUUAUGGUGCAUUAAGUUUUAUGGAUGCAUAUUCCGGUUAUAAUCAGAUUCUCAUGCAUCCAUCAGAUCAAGAGAAAACAGCCUUUAUAACCGAAUAUGGUAAUUAUUGUUACAACGUAAUGCCUUUUGGUUUAAAGAAUGCAGGGGCAACAUAUCAGCGGCUGAUGAACAGAGUAUUUGAACAACAGAUAGGUCGAAACAUCGAGGUAUAUGUGGACGAUAUGGUCGCUAAGACAAAGACAGGCAAAUCUCACAUUGCCGACCUUACCGAAAUUUUUGGGCAAAUCCGAGCUUACAAUAUGAGGCUCAAUCCUGAAAAGUGUGCCUUCGGUGUCCGAGGAGGCAAAUUUCUUGGGUUUAUACUCACCAGCAGAGGAAUGGAGGCAAAUCCAGAAAAAUGUAAGGCAGUCCUUGAUAUGAACAGUCCGACAACCAUAAAAGAGGUUCAAAGAUUAACAGGGAGAUUAGCAGCUUUGUCGAGAUUUUUACCAUGUCUAGCAGCAAAGUCGGCCAACUUUUUUCGGUGCUUACGGAAGAAUAAGACCUUUCAGUGGGAUGAGGAAUGCGAACUUGCGUUUCAAAGUUUAAAGCAAUUUCUAUCUAAACCCCCUAUUCUGCAGAAGCCUAAGGUCGGCGAAACUCUAUAUUUGUAUUUGUCAAUUACUGACACAGCAAUUAGUUCUGUUCUUGUUACAGAGGAUGAGAAAGGUCAACAGCCAGUUUACUUUAUCAGCAAGUACUAUCGUCUCUCUCCUGCAUAUUCAAAACGACUAUGGGUGUAUUUGUGA